UCAAUUUGCUGAGGGAUCUUUUUGCAACUUGCAAUGGGUUUUGCAAUGUUUUAGUGGUUUGAGUGAAUUUGAGUGAAGAUAAAAUCGAUGGUGUGACAUAUGAGUGAGGGUGUCCUCGUGGUAAAAUGACAUCGAGGAGCAAAAAUGCGGUGCGGAGUUACGAGACGGAAAUUGAGAAGAGCCGAGAGGAUUCUAACUGGAAAAAGGCGGUUGACUUGGCCCAGCAGCUCAAGACGAGGUCUCCUCAGCACGAAAGUCUUGCCCAUUUUCUCAUUGGGGAAGGCAAACUUGAAGCUUAUUUAGCAGAAUGGCCACCUACCAAGGAAAACAUAGAGCGGGCUCAAAGAGAGCUGUCCGAAGCCCGCGGGUACCUCACAUUGGCCACGGACGAGGCCGGGAAGCGAGCAGGAGUGGCCCUUGAUGCUCACCUGCUGUUGGGCAAGCUGCACUACGCUUGCGGCUCAUACGAUGAAGCGUUGAAACAGUUCAACCUUGCAGAACUCAACACUUUGACAGAAAAGGAACUGCCUGUACGAAGUUUGCGGAUCGUGGCGGAGUCUUACGCGAUAAAGGGGCUAUGUUUGGAGCUCAGCGGCGCGCCCACCAGCAGCCGGUACAAACAGGCGGAGAAGGACAAUGAAAUGAUACGAAGUUUCGAAUUGGCAUCAGAGUUGACGUUACUAUACCUUCAAAGAUCCUCGUCGGUGACCCACGCGGGACCCACGUUGGAGACGGCGCUGCAGAGAGUCCCCAUACUGCACAUCCGAGCUGGCAGGCUGCACAGCGCCAUUGACAGGUAUCGCGACAUGCUGACGGCGGUGGAAUCAGUAUCGACGCAGGCGCUGAGAUUAACGUUAACCAGGCAGUUGGCGGAGGUUCUCAUGAGGGGGGUCAGUGGACAGGUAUACAAGCCUCCGGAACAGUUACCUGCGCCCGCGCAGAACACGUUAUCGCGGCGGCGCGAAGAGCACAUGUCCGAGGGGCCGUGGAAACCCAAGAAAUACGCUAGUAUCAAUCAGUUCGUGCCCCGCAACGUAUACGAGGAGGUGGUGCUGCUGCUGCUGGUGGGCGAGGCCAUGGCGGUGCGCGGCGCCGUGCUGUCGCAGAGCGCGGAGUUCGAGGCGGCGCGCGCGCACUCGCUGCGCGCGGCCGUGGCCGUGGGCGACCUGCUGGCGCUGCCCGCGCUGCGCUGGGGGCAGCGCGCGCUGCUGCUCGAGUCGCUGGAGCGCGCCAUGAAGUUCUCGUUCGGCGACGCGCACGUGUGGCGGCAGCGCGCGCUGGCCGCCGCCGCCGCCGCGCCCGCGCCCGCCGCGCCCGCGCACCACCAGCACCACUACGCGCAAGGCAGCAGCGCGUGGAACGCGGCGGUGCGCGCGCGCGCCGUGUGUCGCCGCGCGGCGCCGCUCGCCCCGCGGGACGCGCCGCUGCGGCUCGUCGCCGCCAACACCUGCUACCAGAUGGGAUGGAUAGAGGAUGGCAUCGAAUUAGCUCAACAGGCGUUAGAAAUAGAAGAUUCGGCGGAAGGGCCCAUGUUGGCGCGCGCGUGUUUAUACUGUGGUAUUGGUCAUCAAAUGAAGGCACAGAAAACGAAUUCUCGGAUAGAGAAGGACGCGGCGAACGCGACCUGCCUGAAACUGUUGCUGCGAGCGGUGGAGCUAGACGACAACGACCACGUGGCGUUCUACUAUCUAGCCAGGCAGUACAUGCAUUUGGGAAUGCUCAACGAGGCGAUGGACGCGACGCGCGCCUGCCUCGGCGCCCGCGCGGACUGCGGCGGCGGGCUGCGGCUGUGCACGGCGCUGUGGUCGUGCGCGUGCGCGGGCGCGCGCGGCGUGCGCGCGCUGGCGGCGGCGCGCCUGGCGCGGCAGCACUACCCGCAGGCCGACUGGCCGCUGUGGAGCCUGGCCGCGCUGCAGCUGCUGUGGGAGUCCGGCGAGGCAGCGUUAGCGACGGGCAAGGAACUCCUGACGUUACUGAAUAGCAACGAAGAAGGCUCCAUAGAACAGAAUGGUUACGCGGAACUAGACGCGCUUUCUGAUUCGCUACACGACGACACGCACAGUGUUAGAGAUGCAGCGUCAGUGCGAGCCGAAUCAGCGGGCGCUUAUCGUGCAAUGCGCGCUUUAUCAGACGCGGCGUCGUCCGCGAGUUGCCCGCGCCGCGCGCCGCUCUCCGCGCAGCGAGCACGCGCCUGGCUGCUGCUGGCUGACUUGUGUCUCAGGUUAGACCGAGUGAGCGCCGCGGCGGGCUGUGUGUCAGAAGCCGCGGCGUUGAUGCCCUUCAGCCAUUUAGUUAUGUAUACGCGAGGUUUGGUUCACGCGGCGAGCUCGGAAUGGGAGGAGGCGCGGCAAUGUUUCCAGAACGCGCUCGCCAUACACCCCACACACCUCGAUAGCAUCGUGCAGUUAGGCGCGGCGUACUACAACCUCGGCUGGCUGCGCCUCGCGGAGAAGUGUCUCCGCGAGGCGGCGCAGCUGGAGCCCGCGCGCGCCGACACGUGGCGGCGCCUGGCGCUCGUGCUGGCCGCGCUCGGGGAGCCCGCCGCCGCCGCCGACUGCGCCGCCGCCGCGCUCGUGCUGCAGCCCCAGGCGCCAGCGCUACCCCUAUGAUGCGCCACAUACACCGCGCUCGACGUCUGCGCGGGAACUGAAGGCUGACUCAUCCCCACCACCGCAUAUCAUCCUCGCCGACCAAUCAGAGCAGCUGGCGUUCGACCUCAUUGCUAAGGCAAGCUCAUCGUUGCUUCUAUUAGCUUAAUUUUUGCUCAUUCGAAAUACGAAUAUUCGACUUAAUUUCUCGAAUUGGAAACAUAUUUAUGAGCGUUAAUACUUAUAUACCUAUAUCCAGUUUAAAAAUGGAAAUUAUAAAAGAAAAUCUUAUUUCGUUAUACACAA